AUGGCGAGUAACACUGUCGAGAACUCAAAGCAAGUAAUGGUGGUUGCUUUGGACAAGAGCGACCACAACACGUACGCGCUCGAAUGGACUCUCAUCUACUUCUUUAUCCCCUAUGCAUCAAACCCUGUUUUCAAGCUCGUCGUCAUCCAUGCCAAGCCCCCUCCUCCCGCCAUGGCCCUUGUCGGACCUGGAGGAGCUAAAGUUUUGCCAAUUCUGGAGGCAGACUUACAGAAGAUAGCCAUGCGAGUUGCCGAGAAGGCGAAGAAAAUUUGUGCCAGUAAACAGGUGAAUGAUGUGGUGGUGGAGUUGGUGGCUGGGGAUGCUCGAAACGUUCUCUGUGAGGCUGUAGAAAAACACAAGGCAUCCAUCUUGGUUUCUGGAAGCCAUGGCUAUGGAGCUAUAAAAAGGGCCAUCCUAGGCAGCGUAAGCGAUUAUUGCGCUCAUCAUGCUCACUGCACUGUGAUGAUUGUGAAGAGGCCGAAAAUAAAAAACUAAAAUAUGC